AUGUCUUCAACUGUUGAUGAUAAGAUAGAAUAUUAUUCUUUAUCUGAUUUAACUGUUAGUACUUUACAUGAUUUCUAUUUGGAUCUUGAUGAUUUACAUGAUUUAUGUUCUACUAUGGUUGAUUAUUAUAAGAAAGAACAGAGAACUACUCUUGGAAGUGAUAAAUAUUCAAAUCUUAUUGAAAGUGAAGUUUUCUUGGUUAAAGAUAUUGCCAGUAGUGCGUGUAAAAUGUUACAAAAGUAUAAAACUGUUAUUAAUGCAUUUAAACAAUGCCACGAUGAUAGAGAAUUAGCACGAAAAGAAUUGAAUAAACCAAAAAAAUAA